GCCGCGCCCCGCACACCGCCCAACGGCAGCGAGCGAGCGGCGAGGGAGGGCGGUGCCGGGCUGGUGUGAUUGGCAGGCGGGGCAGAGGAGGGUUCGCAGGAGCUGAUAUGUCCGCCAUCUUGGAGCGGCGGUGAUGGUGGCAAGCGGUGCCUGUCCCACCUGAGCGGAGGCAGCCCGGUGCCUGUGGGGAGGGGACGCGCUCGCCGAGGUACAGCAGAAUUCCAUCUGGCUUGGAUGGAGUGGGGCAGAUUUCAUGAAGUGCUGAAUUCCAAAGCAGUGGCUCAGAUCAUCCAUAGCACCAGUGCAGCCAUGACCAGCAUGUUUUGGAAAUUUGAUCUCCAUUCAUCAUCCCACAUAGAUACACUUUUAGAGAGAGAAGAUGUAACACUGAAGGAGUUGAUGGAUGAAGAGGAUGUUCUGCAAGAGUGCAAGGCUCAGAAUCGCAAACUUAUAGAGUUUCUGCUGAAGUCAGAAUGUUUGGAAGACCUGGUUUCAUUUAUUAUUGAAGAGCCACCUCAAGACAUGGAUGAAAAAAUUCGAUAUAAAUAUCCAAAUAUAUCUUGUGAGCUGCUUACAUCAGAUGUCUCGCAGAUCAAUGAUCGGUUGGGAGAAGAAGAAUCCUUACUUAUGAAACUAUACAGCUUCCUCUUAAAUGAAUCUCCUCUAAACCCUUUACUGGCCAGUUUCUUCAGCAAGGUGCUAAGUAUUCUUAUAAGCAGAAAACCAGAACAGAUUGUGGAUUUUUUAAAGCGGAAACAUGAUUUUGUAGACCUCAUAAUUAAGCACAUAGGGACCUCUGCUAUCAUGGACCUGUUGCUCAGGCUGCUGACUUGCAUAGAGCCUCCACAGCCCCGGCAAGAGGUGCUAAAUUGGCUAAACGAGGAAAGAAUUAUCCAGAGGCUUGUGGAAAUUGUACACCCAUCUCAAGAUGAAGAUAGGCAUUCAAAUGCAUCACAGUCACUCUGUGAAAUUAUUCGUCUGAGCAGAGACCAGAUGUUGCAAGUACAGAACAGUUCAGAACCAGAUCCACUGCUUGCAAGUCUAGAGAAGCAAGAAAUCAUAGAGCAGCUGCUGUCUAAUAUUUUUCAUAAAGAAAAAAAUGAAUCUGCAAUAGUCAGUGCAAUCCAGAUACUAUUGACCUUACUUGAGACAAGACGACAGACAUUUGAAGGCCAUAUAGAGAUAUGUCCUCCAGGCAUGAGCAACUCAACGUAUUCAAUCAACAAAAAUGUUUUAGAAGCCAUAAAAGCACGACUUUCAUCCUUCCAUGAACUCCUGCUUGAGCCUCCAAAAAAAAGUGUCAUGAAGACUACCUGGGGUGUAUUGGAUCCACCUGUGGGAAAUACACGUUUAAAUGUGAUUAGAUUAAUAUCCAGCCUUCUGCAGACAAAUACAAGCAGUGUGAAUCAGGAGCUUAUAGAGCUUAACAGCAUAGGAGUAGUACUGGACAUGUUCUUUAAGUAUACAUGGAAUAACUUUUUGCAUACUCAAGUAGAAAUCUGUAUUGCAUUGAUUCUUGCAAGUCCUCUUGAAAGUACAGAAAAUGUUGCAAUUACAGAUCAGGAUUCCACUGGGGACAAUCUCUUACUGAAACAUCUUUUCCUGAAGUGCCAAUUGAUAGAACGAAUACUUGAAGCAUGGGAGAUGAAUGAGAAGAAACAGGCUGAAGGAGGAAGAAGACAUGGCUACAUGGGUCAUCUGACAAGGAUAGCAAACUGUAUUGUGCACAGUACAGAUAAGGGGCCAAACAGUACACUAGUCCAGCAGCUCAUUAAAGAGCUUCCAGAGGAGGUCAGAGAACGAUGGGAGACAUUCUGCUCAAGCUCUUUAGGAGAAACUAACAAGAGAAAUACAGUGGACCUGGUUACCACCUGCCACAUCCAUUCUUCCAGUGAUGAUGAAAUUGACUUUAAAGAAACUGGCUUCUCCCAGGAUUCUUCUUUGCAGCAGGCCUUUUCUGAUUAUCAGAUGCAACAAAUGACGUCCAAUUUUAUUGACCAGUUUGGCUUCAACGAUGAGAAGUUUGCUGAUCAAGAUGACAUUGGCAAUGUUUCUUUUGAUCGGGUCUCAGACAUCAACUUUACCCUCAAUACGAAUGAAAGUGGCAACAUAGCCUUGUUUGAGGCAUGCUGUAAGGAACGGAUACAGCAGUUUGAUGAUGGUGGUUCUGAUGAAGAAGACAUUUGGGAAGAAAAACAUGUUACAUUUGCACCAGAGUCCCAGAGGCGUUCCAGUUCGGGCAGUACGGACAGUGAAGAAAGUACAGACUCUGAAGAAGAGGAUGGAACAAAACAAGAUUUAUUUGAAACACACACCAGUACAGAGGACAAAAUGGAAGUAGACUUAAGUGAACCACCAAACUGGUCAGCUAACUUUGAUGUACCCAUGGAGACUGCACAUGGUACCAGCCUGGAUUCUGUUGGGUCUGAUGUGUGGAAUACAGAAGAACCUAUGCCAGCAAAAGAAACUGGCUGGGCCUCCUUUUCAGAGUUUCCAUCCUCUUUGAGCUCAAAAGAUUCCCUAAGAAGCAAUUCUCCUGUGGAAAUGGAAACAAACACUGCCCCAGAUGACCCAUUGAAUACAAAUGUAACUGCUAUUGCAACACAACUAGAGACUCCAGGAAGUGUUGCUAUGGAGGCAAGCUCAGAUGGAGAGGAUGAUGCAGAAAAUGCAGACAAGGUAACUGAAACAGUAAUGAAUGGCAGCAUGAAGGAGACACUGAGCCUUACUGUAGAUGCUAAAACUGAGACAGCUGUGUUCAAAAGUGAGGAAGGAAAAUUGUCUACCUCGCAGGAUGCUUCUUGUAAAUAUGUAGUAGAAGAGAAUGCAGAGGUUGCAGAAGAGGCUUCUUCAGCUCUGCAGCCUACUCACAGCAGUCCAGAACAGAGGACUGAUCAACACACCCAUUUAGGAGAGGCAUCUGUUAAUGGCCCUGUAUGAUGUGUGAUGUCCACUACCUUGGCUGAAGAAAUGAACUGAUAUCCAGGUGUUUGAGUAUUUCUUGAGGAUUUCAUCUAGACCUUGUUGAAGCCAAUCACUGCUGCACUAAUUUUGCAAGGGAUCAGGACCAGCAACAUUUAUAUUCUAGAUUUUAAGACAUUGUACAGAAAUUCAUAAGUGUAAAAAUAUUGCACAUUGAGAAAUACCAAUAAUUUUUGCGUAUGUUUAUAUUGUAUUGUUCUAAAUAAUGGGUGGCCUGUGAAAUAAGAUCAUGCUGCCCAUGUAAUGAUGACAGUAGUGUUACUAUAGUUAAAAUGGCUGUAAGAAUAGUUUUAUAAAAAGUGAAUACACAAAUCUAAUGUAUUUGAAACAUAACUAUUUGAUGAUUAGUGUGACCAAAGUAUUUAGCAGUUUUCAUACAUUUUUCACCUUGUAAAAAGAAAAGAAAAAAAUGAAUUCAUGAAACUGAAAUGCCCUAUAAAUGUUAUUUUGGUUGUUUUAGCUUACAAAAGUGAUUUAAAUAAGAUUUUCUGGUGUUCAGCAUUUUACAACAGGUUUUUAAUUGGUAAUUGUUUUCUGUAUUGUUUAAAACAGAUCAAAACGUAAGUCUAUUGGUAGAGAUUUUAAGUAUUUAUUGCUACACAUUAGUUGACAAUUUGGUGUUACUGUAAAGCCAUAUGUUCUGUUAAGUCUUGUUUGCUUGAAACAAUACCUUACAGGUAAAACACUAGAAUAUUUGAAGUGCACAUGGCUUGUUGUGUUUAAGUGAUUCACUUGCCUUUUAACCCAUUCACCAAGAUUUAGUUUGAUACCAAGCAUUAUACAAUAGAACCUUUCAGAACAAUCUGCAUAUUUGAAAGGCUAUAAUCCUUUUAGACAAGUCAAGUAAAUUAAAUGCCUGUGCUGCUAAUGUAAUGGCAGUACAUGCAUUUAAAAAGUAUAUAGUGUUUUUAAUACAAAUUUUGGCAGCAGAGCAUGUUAAUUGUUACUUUCACUGUACUGAUCUGUGUGAGGCUUUUUUUAUUUGUAUGUUCUAAACCAGUUAUUCCACAGCUGGUUUGUGUGUAUAUAUAUAGUGAUUAUAGAAACUAAUACUGUGUAAUUUAUAAUUUUCUAUGUCAGUGUAAAAUUCCUACAGCCUUCUCAAACGGAAGCAAUAUUCUGUAUAUUGCCACAUUGUCUGGUGAAAGGGUUAAAGUAGUUCACCUCCUUCAUUUUUAGAUGCAAAUCCAUUUUUUUUCCUGCAAUACUUAACUUUCAUUUAUUUUUACAUCAUUUAUUUUCCUGACCAGUAUUUAAAACCAAAAGGAUACUCUAAACAAUGGAAAAUGAUUUAUUUUAGGUGUCCCAAGCAAUGUGCCUAAACAUUACCUUGCAUACAGAAAUAAAAUAAAAAACAAAACCAACAUAACCCCCCACAUAUAUAGAGAGAAUGGCAUUGCCCUUAUUGCUUCCUCUUAUGUUUUCUGCAGCAGCUCAGUGAUAAUCAUCAAUGCAAAUUGUUACAAACUCAUCAAUUGUGUGAAAAUGGAAGGAAGAAACAUGGUAUCAGAGGUGGAAUUGGCAGCUAUCAUGGUUUAACCCCUGCUGCCAACUGAGGCACAUGCAGCUGCUUCUUCACUUGUGGUCUCCCCCCUCCUGUGAGAUGGGGAAGAGAAUCAGAAGAAAAACUCAGUGUCCUGAGGCAGUUUAAUAGAGCAAAAAAGAAAGAUAAUAAUAAUAGAAUAUACAAAACAAGUGAUGCAGAGCACAAUUGCCCAACAAGUUCCAGAGCAGUGAUCCAGAACAGCCACCUUCACAUAUACAGAGCAUGACAUGGCAUGGUGUGGAAUCUCCCUUUGGUCAGUUUGGGUCAGCUGUCCUGGUUCUGCUUCCUCCCUCCUGGCAAAGCAGAGGAACCUGAAAAGGCCUUGAUUCAUCAUAAGCAUUGCUGAGCAAUAACUAAGGUACCAGUUUAUUACCAACAUUCUUGUACUAAAUCCAAAAUGCAGCCCUAUUCCAGCUGUUGGGAGGAAAAUUAUCACUGUCCUGCUUGAAACCAGGACAGCAAUUACAGUUGUACUUCAAUUUGUACUUCAUAAAUGAUGGAAUCCAGUCAGUUCCAAAGUGGUUUCUUCUUCCUUCUUCAAUUCAGAAUUACUUCAAGAUCAGCUUGACCAAAAAUGUUUUAUAUAUUAGCUUUAAAGUUGGUAGCUGUCCAUUUAUUACUUUGUGAUCUCUUAUUGAACAAGCAGUUUUGGAGCAAAACCACUCAUUUCAACCCAUAAACUGCAAUCCCAGUAGAGUUACCAAACAGAGGAGAGCAGUGUGUUGGCUGAGGUAAGUUUGUUGCUUGUAAGGAAGAAAAGCUUUAUCCUUUCCAGUGGGGCCAUUUGUCCCUUUCUGAAAAGUUGAGUGAGGUAGUUAUGAAAAGUCAGAGAUACUGGCAGCAAAUAAACUGAAGCUGUGUUUCAGCCCUGUUCCCUGCACUUCAGCAAAGUCUUCUCGUGUGUUGUCCUUCCUCUGGUUAAUGAACUGCCCUGUCAGUCCACUAUCCAGUCCCCUGAGCUUAAGUUGGAAGAGGGAGAGGGAGUAUUUUGUCCUCCUUGCCUCUGUUCCUGGUAGGUAAUCCCAGCUGAGUGAAGGUGUUGGAAGUGUGGUGAGCAGAGUUAACUCUGCAGUGUAGUUUGGCUUCUAAAUAAAAGGUUUAAUAGAGUAAAACUGGGUAGGUGUAUACCUAAUGCCAGUUCCAGUUAUCUUAUGGGUUCUUCCUUACUAUUGCAUUUAUUGUUAGUUUUAACACCUUGUAUGAGAGGUGAGGAUUUAACCUAAAUUUGAUGCAGUGUGAGGUUGGUCUGAAAAAGGUGUGGGGUGCUAGUUUUAGCUAUCAACUAUAUUAAAUUGUGCAAGGAACACUGAACUUGAAGGCAAAGCUUUGGAUGAGUGUCUUUGUGGGGUGCACAGGUGUGUUUACACAGCCUCUUGUGGACCUUUUACUAUCUUUUACUCAUAAUGCUUCCUACAAAGGCUUGAACAUACACAAGAGCUCUUCCCAAUGGCUGUUACCCAGUCUGUUUAAUCAACUCUGACUUGCAUGCAGUGGAAUUUAUGAGUCUUUAUUAAAAGAUAUUUAAUGCACUUAUGAGAUGGACUGAAGUCUUAAUACCCUUGUACAGAUUUGACUUCCAGCCCUGUGUUUAGCAGCGGCUGGGAUGAAAUAAGCUUGUUUUUCAUGGCUCAUAUUAAACAUAUGCAUUGCCAUGUUUCACAAAGCUCUUUGGAAUGGCUGGAGGCUCAGUCAGUCAGAACUGAGACAUAGUGGUGACACUUGAUAUCAAAGGGCAAUGAAUUUAACCCUCAGGACCUCUCUGGUAAAGAAUUUUUGCUCAAGCAAACGUGUUGCAAAAGUGACUAGAAGAGCAAUAUAUGCAAAUAACUCAUUGCCUCUUCAGACCUGGCUCUCUUAUCUGGCA